GGUGUUUGACUUGCUUCUUCUUCAUCGUUCUUUCCCUGGUUGUCGGCUGUCUUUUCUUGUCCACAAUCUUUAUUUUUUAAUAGCUGGUACUGCUACUAUAAAGUCACCCGUCGAUCCUUUUAGUCGAACCAGCAAGAGUCUUCUCCCCCGCUCAUUACAAUGGCCCCCAUCACGAAGUGCCUUGCUUUUCUCUCCCUUGUACUUUCGGCUGCUGCCCUCACUUCCCCUCACAUCUCCAAUGAUGUUUUUAACCACCGCCGCGCUCUCACUCAUGUCAACGUGCAGGCAGUCACUGGUGGUCAAGUCGAUACUCCGUCAGCUCCCACACGCAAACGUUCUCUGAACAAACGCUGCGCACCUAAACCAUCUGGUAACUCCACUGUAUCUUCUUCGCCAUCGACCUCCCCGUCUGCUGUUGCUACAAGCGCCCCGGUUAACGUUGCUCAAUCACCUGUUGUCACCUCUUCCCACUCCUCUUCCCAUUCCUCGUCUGCUUCGGAGCCAACCCAGGAAGCUUCCAGUCCUACUCCCACUCCUACGCCCACACCCACACCCACGCCCACACCUUCCCCAAGUACCACCAGCAAGGCUGCGCAGACUACUUCUGCAUCCAGUGGUGGUGCACCAGGUGGCUUCCUAAGCGGCAUUAAUGCUGGGCAGGGCACAUACUACGCGACUGGUCUUGGAGCGUGUGGUAUCACAAACACCGACAGUGAUCACAUCGCUGCUGUCUCGCACUUGUUGUUCGAUGCCUACCCUGGCUAUAAUGGUGUGAACCCUAACGACAACCCUCUCUGCGGCCAGCAAGUCACUGCUACCUACCAGGGCAAGAGUGUGACAGUCACCAUCACUGACCGGUGCACGGGCUGUCAGCUUAAAGACCUUGAUUUCUCGCCCUCUGCAUUCAGCGAACUUGCGAAUGAGUCGUUGGGACGUAUUGACAUCGACUGGUCAUGGAGCUAAACAUCUCGCUCCCGUUACGCCUUCAUGCUUUCGCGCCGAAUGGCCAUCACGUCUUCUAUGUUUUAUUCGUUAUUCUUGCGGUCAAAUAUGCUUCAAGGUAUAUAUUUUUCGAUUGCUUUCGCGCCAGUCGCCUUUCUGCUAGCAGAGAGCUUGGGAUCGCUAUCGAUUUUACUCAUUCCCGUAUACCCACACACACGUGCUAUGUACUUGUGAUCACUGGAUGAUUCCUAUUUACGUAGUUGAUGGGUUGGAAUGAGCAGUUGCUGCUUGCUUGGGUCUUGCAGCGCUUUUCUUCUUGAUAGGCUUAGCUUUGGUUUAGGUCUUAUUAUUGUGCAGUUUGUAACAUAAAGUGGAAUAUAGAUGCCUGCUAUGUAACAUGUACAUCCCGUUGUUGAAUGACUCGUCGCAAGUAU